AUGAUUGCCAAGUCCUUCGUCACUCUUCUGGCGGCCGCGAGCCUGGCCUCGGCCCAGAACCAAUGCAGCCAGAGCACUAUCAGCAUCAACUCUAACAGCGAUGCGAGCGCACUGAGGAGCUGCAAAACCUUGAAGGGAAAUGUUGUCAUCGGCAACCAGACCGACAGCACUCUGCAGCUUGAUGGACCGGAAGAGAUCCAGGGUGACUUGACCAUGGUCGACAACAAGAAGAUUGUGUCGCUGUCGAGCACCUCGCUCAAGAGAAUCACCGGCAAGAUGACGUUGGAGAGGGACGAGCUCCUGAGUGACCUGAAGUUCCCUCAGCUUAGCGAGGUGAACUCGAUCAGCUGGGUCACUCUUAGUGCCCUUUCGUCUCUUGGUACCGCCAUCAAGAAGGCGUCCACUGUCGUCAUUGCCGACACACGUAUUGAGAACCUGAACGGCCUCGAUCUCGUUACCGUCGACAACAUUGACAUCAACAACAACCAGCGUCUGCAGAAGUUUACUUCCAAGCUUGAGAGCGUCGGCACCAGCUUCAAGGCUUCCGUCAACGGUCUUGGAACAAACUUCGAUUUCCCUGCUCUCAAGUGGGUUGCCGAGAUGGCGAUUGCCAAUGCUUCCUCGUUCACCGCUCCCCAGCUUAGCAAGGUCAACAACUCAAUCUACUUUGACUUCAACUUCAUCAAGGAGGCGUCUUUCCCCAACCUGACCGCAGUUGGCAAGGACUUCUCUUUCGUUGGUAACUCGGCUCUCACCAACAUCUCCGCCCCUCAGCUUACCACCAUUGGUGGUGGACUGACCAUUGCCAACAACACUGCCCUGGAGAGAAUUGAUGGUCUUCCCAAGGUCAGGGACGUUGGCGGUGCUGUGCUCAUGCGCGGUAACUUCAAGUCUGUUGCCCUUCCCUCCCUCAACGACGUCAAGGGUGUGUUCGACACUCAGUCCACGACCGAUAUCAGCAGCUCUUGCGACACCUUCAAGAAGGCUGGCAGCAACGGCCAGAUUCAGGGCAAGGUUAUCUGCGAGUCCAACAACUCCAAGGCCAACGACGACAUCACUGCUGGUAGCGGAGGCAGCAGCAACAACAACAAGAACUCGGCUGCUGGCACCUCGAUUAACAUGGCUCUGCUUGGUCUGUCCAUAAUUGGAGGUGCUGUCGCUUCGUUCUUGUAA